CCGUCUUACCCCCAUACUCUCCUGCCCCCCAUACACCCCUGUAAUAGCGAGGACUCUGGCCGCGAUCUUUGCCCCCCUGUGGGAACCCAUCGACGGGAUCCCGGGGCUGAAUCGUGGCCUCGCCCCCGCUGGACACGGGGCUUUCGGGCCAAUCGCAGCGCCGCUUCGGAUCCUCCCGCCAAUCAGAAGAGCACGGGGGGCGUGUCUCAGCGCUCGUCCAAUCCUCGUGCAGGGAGGCUGGCUCAGCCGAUCAGAAGGCUGGCUCAGGAAGCUGUUGCCAUGGCAACAGUUUGACUCAACCCCGGGGCCCGGUGGAAGCGAAGAAAGGGGAGGGGGAUCCUCGUAACCCCGGUAACCACCCCCCCGUGCCCGUGACCCCGAGUCACCAUGGCACGGCGGCGGCUGGUGCGGGCACUGCUAGAGUCGCGCAGCACGGAGAGGGAGGAGGCGGCCCAGGGCCCCGCACAGCUCUGCAUCAGGUACCAGGUGCCACUCAGCAGCGACCCACAUGGGAUCUACAGCCUCCGCUUCGCUCCAGCUGGAGGGUGCCUGGCAGCCGGGUUUGGCAACGGGGCCGUGCAGAUUGUGAACGUGGCCACAGCCUCCCUGCACUUGUCCCUUUUCCGAGGACACCGUACGCGCCACGCGAUCACUGCCUUGGCCUACCACCCAGGGAGACCCAGCCUGCUCCUGGCUGUGGGGGCUGACGGCAUCAUCUCUCUCUACAGCAUGGACUCAGAGACACCGCUGGCAACAAUGACAGCCCUUGCUGGUUGCUCUCCCUGUGUCUGUCCCACCCCAGAGAAGGAGAAUGAGAUCAAUGCCAUGGAUUUCUGCAUGGACGGCAGCACCUACGCCACAGCUGGCAAGGACCGACAUAUUCGGCUCUAUGACAGCCACACCAACCAGCUGUCCCACAUUCUGCAGGCUCCUGACUUCAUGACUGGUGAUGUGACACCAAGCAGUGGGCACUCUCGCCGCAUCUUUGCCCUCCGCUUUCACCCUGAAGAUCGCCAUAUGUUCCUGACAGCUGGCUGGGAUGACUGUGUGAAGAUCUGGGACAAGCGGAUGGCAAAGGAGGCUCAGAGAGUGAUCAAUGGGCCUCACAUCUGUGGCCCAGGCCUUGACAUCCAGGGUAACUGCGUGCUCACUGGCUCCUGGGUGCCCCACAAUGCACUUCAGCUCUGGGAUCUACGGACAUCCCAACUGCAGAAGAACCUCCUCUUUCCUGGAGGCCCCACACAGGGCCAGUUCCUCUACGCAGCCCGGUUCUGUGACCAGGACAUAGUGGUGGCUGGGGGCAGCGGCACCAGUGGAGCCAGCGCCAUCCACACUGGCACUAACCAGGUGCUCGGCGAGAUCCUGCUGCCCAACAAACCAGUGCAGGCUGUGGCAGUAGCACCUGGUGGGCGGGUGGUGGCUGUGGCUGGCGUGGGAGGGAAUCUCCACAUCGCGGACCUGCACUGAGCCCCAGCAGAGAUAGGGUGAGAAGUGGACAAACCUGGGAGUCACAAUCCCCCCCCAUCUACAGUUCCUCUGAUCUAUGGCUCUCCCACAUGAUUCUGCCCCAUCAGGACUAUGGCCCUCUGUGAUGUCUGGGAACACAGGACCCCCAGGCUCCCCUUCCCAGCUUCCCUGCACCCCUCUGUGAGACCUGGAGUAUCCAGACCCCUGGGCACCUGCUGGCAUCUAA